ACCCUAGACUUUGUCUUUAUAAAGUUCUAUAUUAGAUACAAUAACAGCUUAAAAGGCUAUACUUAUAGAUAUCCCUUGAUUUAUAGAAAAGCGUUAUCCGAGCUCUACCUACUAAAACUUCACUACAAGAUUAGGGUUAUAAAGGGUCUUCUAGGGGAAGAGGAUAAAACGAAGAUAAUAAGGACACCGAUAAAGAUCCCUUAG